AUGGCCGAUACUGCCGGCUACCCUACAGACGGCAAGCUGGAUGCCCACAACGUGCACACCAACAACAAACGGAAGCGCGACACGCGCGAUCAGGGCCUGAACCGACCCGCUCCCCACACCGCCAACAACGACCUGACCGACCAAGCGACUGCCUCGUUCCUUGCCGCGCACAACGCUGCCGACGACGACAUGCAGCAGCAGUUUGACGUGCACCACAACGGUGGGACCAACACGGCAAGUGUUGGCGAUACUGCUGCAGCCGCGCUUGCCUACCAUCAGAUGACGGUACCCCAAGCAACCGAGCUCCAGUUCCAAACGCAAAACUCGGGGGAUGGCUCUUUCAGUAUGGGAGACCAAAACCAACAACAAACGGGCAUGCAGGACUUUAGCCUCGAAGCCUUGAAGGCUGCCACACAGACGGGCCGUCCCGGUCAAACAGCACCCAGCGACUCGCCACCGCAAAGCGCCACCCACAAGCCUCAAGUCGGCACAGAAGAGUGGCACAAGGUACGGAGGGAUAAUCACAAAGAAGUCGAACGCCGCCGCCGCGAGACCAUCAACGAAGGCAUCAACGAACUCGCCAAGAUCGUUCCCGGCUGCGAAAAAAACAAGGGAUCUAUUCUGCAACGAGCAGUGCAGUUCAUUACCCAACUCAAAGAGAACGAGCAACAAAAUAUCGAGAAAUGGACACUCGAGAAGCUACUCACCGAGCAAGCCAUCACCGAGCUCAGCGCGAGUUGCGACAAGUUCAAAGCCGAAUGCCAACGGGCAUGGGACGAGUGCCAGAUCUACAAGCGCGCAUGUGAAAACAACGGCAUCCUGCCUGACGAGAUCAAAGAGCGUCAGGAGAACGGCGAACAGACGGGAGCGAAUCCCAUGUAG